UUGAGAGAGAGCGAUGGCGGUGCUAGCGAGAACCGCCAGCGCCGCCGUAAGCGCUCUAUCUCUCAUCGGUCUCCUCUCCUACAUAAUUUUGCAUAACAAUAAGUCUCGGAGCAGAAAGGCCGCACUCAGAAAGCGCCCUAGUGGCGUCGUCUCCGCCAUUGGCAACACUCCUCUCAUCAGGAUCGACAGCCUCUCCGAUGCCACUGGAUGCGAGAUUUUGGGGAAAGCUGAGUUUUUUAAUCCUGGAGGUAGCGUUAAAGAUAGAGUGGCACUCAAAAUUAUCCAAGAGGCUCUGGAAUGCGGAGCUCUAUCUCCUGGGGGAGUGGUUACUGAAGGAAGUGCUGGGAGCACAGCCAUCAGUCUUGCAACUGUGGCUCCGGCUUUUGGAUGUAGGUGCCAUGUAGUCAUUCCGGAUGAUGCUGCAAUCGAGAAGUCUCAAAUCCUGGAAGCUCUUGGUGCCACUGUGGAAAGAGUGAGGCCAGUUUCAAUCACCCACAAAGAGCACUUUGUAAAUAUUGCUCGGAGAAGAGCGCAUGAGGCAAAUGAACUAGCCUCAAAGUACCAAGAAACGAGCGAAAUUGGUAACCAUUUCAAUCAGCUGAAUGGCAGUGAUGCAGUCUCUGAAACGAAGAGUUCAAAUUACUUACCCGACUGCAAAGGUGGUUUUUUUGCUGAUCAAUUUGAGAACCUUGCCAAUUUCAGAGCUCAUUAUGAGGGUACUGGACCUGAGAUUUGGGAACAGGUUGGUAAAAAAUUGGAUGCAUUUGUUGCAGCUGCUGGUACUGGUGGCACUGUCGCUGGAGUCUCUCGGUAUCUGAAGGACAAGGAUUCCUCUACCAAGUGCUUUCUAGUCGACCCACCUGGUUCUGGUCUGUUCAACAAGGUAACAAGAGGAGUGAUGUACACAAGAGAGGAAGCUGAAGGACGGAGGUUAAAAAAUCCCUUCGAUACGAUCACUGAAGGAAUUGGAAUUAACAGAUUGACAGAAAAUUUCAAAGCUGCUGAACUUGAUGGGGCUUUUCGAGGCUCAGAUAAGGAGGCUGUUGAAAUGUCUAGGUAUUUAUUGAAGAAUGAUGGGUUGUUUCUUGGUAGUUCUUCAGCAAUGAACUGUGUUGGAGCUGUCAGAGUGGCACAACAAAUGGGCCCUGGUCACACUAUCGUCACAAUUUUAUGUGACAGUGGUAUGAGGCAUUUGAGUAAGUUUUACAAUGCUGAAUAUUUGGCCAAGUAUGGAUUGACACCUUCAGCUUCUGGACUGGAGUUCCUUGGCAUCAGUUCUGGUGUGAAGGAACAAUGAUCAGAAAAGGCGAUGGCUCUUGAUGAAUCUCGAAAACAAGGGAGUUUGGGGGAGUCACCCACCUGGCACUAUGAUGGAUGAAGAAAAGAAGCCUCUGCCUCUAAAACGUGACAGAAAAAUGCCAAGCUGCAAAUUGAAAUGCAUCUUUCUGCAUUCAUCAUUCUCAUAUGCCUGGUUUGUGAUCUCAUUUCCUCUUUGUGAGUUAGUCAUGCUCUAAUAUCUGCUAUAAAAUAUUAAAUAGAAUUUUUUAUGAAUGGAGUUGUUUAGUAGCAUCAUAAUGGUUUUAGUUCAUAAUGCUAAGUUGCUCUUCUACUUCAUCACUUUUUGUAAGAAAGUAUUUGCAUGAGUCAUAAUUUGAUUGAGAUU